AAAAACACAUUUCUAUUUAAGUGUAGAUCCUUUGCUUAUUCAAAAGCUUAGAGCUUUAUAUUUCAUAAGCUUUGCCAACUUCAGAAUGAUUUGGUCAAGAAUUGAGUAUUUCUUAUAAUGGCAGAGCUAAAAUCAAAGUGGCCACAUAUCAAGUCUUCUGGUUCUCUUCAAGGGAAGUUUAUUUUUACCUACUAGGACAACUCAAUCAGGUCCUAAAUUAGUGUAUAUCCUGAAGGAGGUACUCUGUUUAAGUAGAGAAAACCUAAGAAUGCAGGUCUGAGAAUAUGUAACUUAUUCUAUUAAAACAGAAUAAUGGAUGAAAAGGAUUAUAAAAUAUGCUUCACAGUGUGAAGGUAGAAGAUGUCUUAUUUAGCUAAGUACAGCACUAAAUGCUGUAGAAGAGACAAAACACGCUCUUCCCUAGCCAUUCAGGAGCUGUGUGAUCUACAGGGGAACAGGGAAGCUGGGAUGAUUCCACCUGGAGAAGAGAAGGCUAGCAUGUAGAGAAAUUACAGGUUCUGCAAAGGGGAAGCCAGCAAGACAGUGUUUCCCAAAAAUGAGCUGAGAAGUGUGACAUGGGAUUACCUAGCAGAUUGUGGGAUACUGGGAAGGAAGCAGGUAUUACGCAGGAGGCUGUGGUUUAGUCCUCUCUGGAGAAACAGCACGGGCUCUGGAAUCAGACAGGCUUAGCUUUAAAGUCUGAAGCCGCCUGUGAUUUGAGCAAGGUUUCUUAGCCUCUCUAAGCCUCAGUCAUCAAACUCAAAUAAGUAGUAUAAACAGCAACAGACUCUGUAGCUGAAGUGCCUGACAUGGUUUUCCUUUAUUUUUUCCUUGAUCUGUUUCUCCAAGACCACCAAAAUUUUUUCUCCAAGCCACCAAAAUUAACCCAGAGUUUUUUGCUCCUCUUUGUUCAUGCAGGUGAUUUGGGGGCCACAGCUGGUGGAGCAGUAGGUGAUGGCAUCCCAGCUGCAAAGCCGGCUGCCCAUCAAUCAAGACCUGCUGCUGAUGCAGAAAGGCACCAUGAUGCGCAAGGUGAGGUCCAAAAGCUGGAAGAAGCUAAGAUACUUCAGACUUCAGGAUGACAGCAUGACAGUCUGGCAUGCCCGGCAGGCAGGAGGCAGUGCCAAGCCAAGCUUUUCAAUUUCUGACGUGGAGACAGUGCGUGAGGGCCAUGAGUCUGAAUUGCUGCGCAGCCUGGCAGAGGAGUUCCCCUUGGAGCAGGGUUUCACCGUUGUCUUCCAUGGCCGCCGCUCCAACCUGGACCUUGUGGCCAACAGUGUUGAGGAGGCCCAGAUGUGGAUGCAGGGACUUCAGUUGUUGGUGGACUUUGUUACCAGCAUGGACCAACAGGAGCAGCUGGACCAAUGGCUGAGUGACUGGUUCCAGCGUGGAGACAAAAACCAGGAUGGUCGGAUGAGUUUUCCAGAAGUCCAGCGGUUACUGCACCUGAUGAAUGUGGAAAUGGACCAAGAACAUGCCUUCCAGCUCUUCCAGGCAGCAGACAUGUCUCAGUCUGGGGCUCUGGAGGGAGAAGAAUUUGUUGAGUUCUAUAAGGCACUGACUCAUCGUGCUGAGGUACAGGAACUGUUUGAAAACUUCUCAGCUGACGGGCAGAAGCUGACCCUACUAGAAUUUGUGGAUUUCCUGCGAGAGGAGCAGAAAGAAGGAGAACAUGCUUCUGACCUUGCUCUGGAACUCAUCGACCAUUAUGAGCCUUCAGAUAAUGGCAAGCUGCGACAUGUGCUGAGCAAAGAUGGCUUCCUCAGCUACCUCUGCUCAAAGGAUGGAGACAUCUUCAACCCGGCCUGCCUCCCCAUCUACCAGGAUAUGACUCAACCCCUGAGCCACUACUACAUCAACUCCUCUCACAAUACCUACCUAGUGGGAGACCAGCUUUGCGGCCAGAGCAGCGUUGAGGGAUAUAUAAGGGCACUGAAGAGGGGGUGCCGCUGUGUGGAAGUGGAUAUAUGGGAUGGACCUAGUGGGGAACCUAUUGUUUACCAUGGACACACCCUGACCUCCCGCAUCCUGUUCAAAGAUGUUAUGGCCACUGUAGCACAGUAUGCCUUCCAGACAUCAGACUACCCAGUCAUCUUGUCCCUGGAGAACCACUGCAGCUGGGAGCAGCAGCAGGUCAUGGCACACCAUCUGACGGAGAUCCUGGGUGAGAAGCUGCUGAGCGCCACUUUGGAUGGGCUGCUGCCCAUGCAGCUGCCCUCGCCUGAGGCACUUCGGAGGAAGAUCCUGGUAAAGGGGAAGAAGUUAAGGAUGCUUGAGGAGCUUGAAGAAGAGGAAGAGCUAGAGUCUGAACUGGAAGCAGAGCAGGAGGUUGAGCUGGAGUUGGACGCCCAGUUUGAGUCUGAGCCCCAGGAGCUGAGCCCCUGUAAUAAGGACAAAAAGGAGAAGAAAUCCAAGCCUAUCUUGUGUCCAUCUCUCUCUGCCCUGGUUGUCUACUUGAAGUCUGUCUCAUUCUACAGCUUUGCUCAUUCAAGGGAGCACUACCACUUCUAUGAGAUAUCGUCUUUCUCUGAAACCAAGGCCAGGAGCCUGAUCAAGGAGGCUGGCAAUGAGUUUGUGCAGCACAACACCUGGCAGUUGAGCCGUGUGUAUCCCAGUGGCCUGAGGACAGAUUCAUCCAACUACAACCCCCAGGAACUCUGGAAUGCUGGCUGCCAGAUGGUGGCUAUGAACAUGCAGACUGCAGGGCUGGAGAUGGACAUCUGUGAUGGGUUCUUCCACCAGAAUGGGGGCUGUGGCUACGUGCUGAAGCCAGACUUCCUGCGUGAUGCCCAGAGUUCCUUCCACCCCGAGAAGCCCAUCAGCCCUUUCAAAGCACAGACACUCCUAAUCCAGGUGAUCAGUGGUCAGCAACUCCCCAAAGAGGACAGUACCAAAGAGAGAUCCAUUGUGGAUCCACUGGUGAGAGUGGAGAUCUUCGGGAUCCGCCCAGACACAACCCGGCAAGAGACCAGCUAUGUGGAGAACAACGGUUUUAAUCCGUACUGGGGGCAGUCACUGUGCUUCCGGGUCCUGGUACCUGAAUUGGCCCUGCUGCGGUUUGUGGUAAAGGAUUACAACUGGAAGUCCCGAAAUGACUUCAUCGGCCAGUACACCCUGCCUUGGACCUGCAUGCAACAAGGUUACCGCCACAUACACCUGCUCUCCAAGGACGGCACCAGCCUCCAUCCAGCUUCCAUCUUCGUGCACAUCAGCACCCAAGAAGGGCUGGAGGUGGACGAAUCCUAAUUUGAGCACUUCAUGGGAGGGGUGGGGGCACUGCCUUGCCAUUGUAAAACCUGGAAGGAUCCUCCUGAAAGCAGGCAGAGGUGAAAACCAAGCUUUGGAUUGUGCAUUCCCAGUCACAAAAUUAUCUCACCCUUCCUAACAAGCAAAUCUAGAACCUGAUUUUUCUUUCACCUCUUUUUUUCAUUUGUACAAGUCUUUCCUAUUCUUUCCCUUUGCAUAUUCUAUAUUGGACUUCCUUCUUGCUGUAGGCUUAAUUCCAAACCUAGAUCUAGGACUAAUCUCUCCCAUCAACUCUGGCUCAAAGGCAGAUUGCAACUAGAAAUCCAGAGGCUUGGAGCAGAGAAACCCAAAGAGGCAUUAACCCCUCCACUCCCAACUUCCUCAAAACCCAGAGCCUUGAUUUAUGAAAGGAUAAAUCAAGUCUCAAGGCUCCCCAGACAGACUGAGGAAGGAGAUCUGACCCCAGUACUACUAUGACUCUCCAGAGAACAUGGCACUGGACUGCUCCUCCCUAACCCCACCAGUAAAAUAGAGCUUCUCUCCCCAA